AGCGGCGCACAAGUCCCGCCUGUAUUUCCCUCUGGGGGAGUCUCAGUGUCGGCGCUCCCGACUGGGGAUUGGAGCGGCGGCUUGUCAGUAAAUGAGCCCACCCUUCGCACGGUGUGUACGAGGGAAACGGAGCCAGACAGUGACGGAUCUGAUCCGCCAGCCUGUCACAUCAGCGCGCCGCGACACCGAUCCCGGAGCCCGUCCGCCGCGCUGUGACACCUGGCUGGGAUGGAGGGAGAGAUGCAGCCCGCAGAUGAAGGGCCAUGCGCCCCGAAGAUGUGCCGACAACAACGGGGUCCGUACAGCACCCUGAAAACCUUCCAGAGCAAGCGCUCGGCGGGCAAGUCGCGCUUUGACAGGUCCGCUGUGGCCGAGGUGCCUCUGUUUGGCGACGGACAUCACUUCACUUUCCAUCCCGAGCAGCAUCAUCGUUUCCAGCCCCACCACCAUCACUACAACCAGCGUCUGCAGCAGCCCCACCAAACCAGCGCCGCUAUCAGCAGCAGUCAGCAGCAUCACCCGACGCCUCAGCAGCAGCAGCAGCAGCAGGAUCGUUUCCCAUGUGAGAACAGGCCCAGCAGCAGGGUCCCGACAUCCACCUCGGCGGCGGCGGCAGCAUCUCCUGGUACCCAGCAGCGGCGCGCCAGCAGCGGCACAGCGGAGCCCAGAUUCUCCCCAGACUGCACCUACGGUAUCAGCUCAGAGAAUCGUCUUAUCCUGGAUGCAUUCGCCCAGCAGUGUAGCCGAGUCCUCAGCCUCCUCAACAACGGCCGCCUCCUGGAGCCCUCCUCCUCAUCCUCCUCCUUCACGUCCAACAUCAAGCUGGAAGGCGGGCCAGGGGAGGUACAGGGGAUUCACUCCUCCUCGCUGGUGAAGUCCAAACCUGAAGAGAGCUCUUCCACCACAGACCCAGAAGAGGAGGCCCAACAAAGCCAUUUGAACCAACAACAGACCUCUGCCGUUCUCCGCAUCUUCACAGACUCCCUACAGAACUAUCUGCUCUCAGGGCCUCAGCAGCAGCAGCAGCAGCAGCAGCAGCAGCAACAUCUGGCUGCCGGUUUGGACAAUGAGCAGUGCCCGUCGGCGGAGCCCGGCUCAGGGGUGUCUCCUCCGAGACACAACCUGGGCGGCUGGGGCUCGCCGACUCCGUCAGAGUCGUACGGCCACCCGUCGUCCACGCUGCCCGAGGAGGAAGAGGAGGAGGAGAGCUGCUGUCCACGCUGCCUGGAGUUGGAGCAGGAGGUGCUGUCUCUGCAGCAGGAGAACGAGGAGCUCCGCAACAAGCUGGAGAACGUCCCAGUUCCCUGUCAAAAUGUCCUCGACUACUUCAAGACUGUUCUUGAGGUUCACAACCAGCUGGUCCAGCCGAUGCCGGAGGAGCAGCUCACCGAGGAAGAAGAACGGCAAACAGUCUUUGAGGGCAGCAAACAGCUGCUGGAGAACUAUCCUCUCUUCAUCUCUAAUAAGCAGUGGGACGAAGCCGUCAACUCCUCCAAGAAAGAUGGCAGGCGGCUGCUGCGCUACCUGAUUCGCUUCGUCUUCACCACAGACGAGCUCAAGUUCUCCUGCGGUUUGGGCAAAAGGAAGCGUUCGGUCCACUCAGGAGAUCCAGGCCUGGAGAGACGACCGCUCAACCCCGUCAAAGUCAGCUGCCUCAGAGACUUCAUCCGGAUGCACUGUGCCUCGAACCCAGACUGGUGGAUGCCUUCAGAGGAGCAGAUCAACAAGGUGUUCAGCGAUGCCGUCGGUCACGCUCGUCAGGGCCGGGCGGUCGGUACGUUCCUGGGCAGCAGCGGCAGCAGCACCAGCAGCCUCUACAUGGACGGCUUUGAUGGACAUCUGUCGCAGGACGAACUGUAUCUGAAAGGCUGCCAGAACGGCCAGUCGGACUGAAGUCAAAGGAGGAAUUAGAGACAAAUGCAGGAAAUGUAGCUGUACAACAACAUAUCCCAAAACGCUGACCUGAACCUGUCACUUUACAGAGUGAAGAAAACAUUCCAGAUGACGUUAUUCAUUCACAAUAUAACUGCAGUCCCUUUGAAUAGUUUCUAGCUCUUUUGCCAUUUUUAUACCUAAAAUUUUGCUUCGGCAAAAUGUUUAUCUUACGGUAUCUUUCUUUUUUUUAUUUAUUUGAGUCUUCCAUUUGCUACUUUUUCUAUGGUUUGAUGUUUUCAGCAGUUUUUUCACUAUCUCUGGAAUAUUUCUGUUUCUUUUGUUUUGUGUUUUUGGGGAUGGAGUCCCAGUGAUUUCUUUCACAAUGUACAUGCAUACGUUAAGGUAAUCAGGAACCUCUUUGUGUUAAUGUUACCCAAGUUAGAGACUUAUCAUAUCCAUCACUGACACUGUGCCCUUCAUCACAUCACAGAAAGUAGCAUUUCAUAUUUUUCCACCACAUUCUGCGCCAUUGGCGAAGCACCUUUAAUUGCAACCUUUCAAACAGGAGUGCCUCUGAGAAAGUCGUGUUUUGUUACCUGUAGUCUUGCACUUUUCAUCCUCAUUUGUUUUUGCUUUGAUUAGAAUCAGUUCUGAUGUGUCAAGUUUUAAGAAAUGUGUCAUAUUGCAGAACAGUCUUUGAUAUUAACACAGAAUUAUUAAUCUGCAAAGGUUACAAGAAGUCUCCUAAAUUAGUUUGAAAUGCUGUAUAUGUCAGCGAUGUAACGCUGGUGAAGGUAUGCUAAUGAUUAAAAUGCAGAUUUGCAGUAAAAAAAACACAAUGAGAAAUAACAAGAAGGCGGUUUCUAUUUAAUGCUAAUUUAUGCACUUUCUUUGCUCUGUCAGAUUAUUUUAUUCAUCUUGACGCGAAAAAUCUUCAACUGCAAGGUAAAUUUAUUGCAUUCAACCUACUUUCAUUUUUUAUCAUCAGUGAGAAGACUUUUUGCCUCGGGAUGAAUGAUUGUUGCCAUAUAAUAUUGCCUUAAACUUGAUUCAAGACCUCCACAGUAUAAAGUGUUGAUGCUUUGUGUGUUAUAUCGGUCAUGUCAUCACAAUGUGGGUUGUCACUGUCUUCUUCAUAAUGACAGAGAAUAAUCACCUCUAAAUAAGUAUCUGUUGACCCAAGUGGAAGACAAUUCGAGCACUUCUUUCUUAUUUGCACUUUUACGGGUGUCGCUGUGGCUGAAGCUGCCCGACACUGAGAAGUCCUUAGAAUUGAACCACUUUUAUUCUUUGACUUUGUAUUUAUUAUAUUUGGUACUCGGUCACUUCACUUCAUGACACCGUUUUCUACGUUUUGAAUGUACCAGAUUUAUUAGGUCAGUUUGCCACGUCGACAGUGCUGUGUAAAUGUGUAAUAUAAAGUACUGUAUCGUGUGAGGUGUUCUUGAAAUACCGCGUCUCUCUCUUAAAAAGCCAAGUAGGAAAGUGCCACAGAAACCUUAAACAGUUGGAUUCUGUCGUUGUGUUGCUGUUCUGAAUGUGAGCGUUUAUUUGUAUUUACUCCCUCAAAGUGGCUGUUAUCAACACUGUGAAACAUCGGUAGGAUUUUUACAAAUCGAAUAGCUUCUGUUGUUUUUUUAUUUAUAAUAAAUAAAACAAGCACUGAAGCUGAAA